UUAUCAUAAUACAAUAAUCACGAAUUUGCCGGCCGGUAUCAUGUUUCUUUAGUCGUUGUUGUAAUGUAACACAUUCAACUCCAUCUAACUAUUUUUCCUUCUACUUACUCGGCCAGCCACACUAUAUAUACAUCAUGUUCCACACAACACUUUCUCACACAAAAAUUCUCAUCUACCAUCUUUCAUUACUUCUAACCUUUACUACGUGCUCUCCACCACCAAUAUGGUUACAGUUAAUGAGAUCCGCCAGGCACAGAGAGCUGAAGGCCCUGCCACUGUGUUCGCAAUUGGCACCGCUACUCCUCAAAACUGCGUCGAUCAGAGUACUUAUCCGGAUUUCUAUUUCCGUAUCACAAACAGCGAACAUAAAACCGAGCUCAAAGAAAAAUUCCAGCGCAUGUGUGACAAAUCGAUGAUUAAGAAGAGAUACAUGCAUUUGACUGAAGAGAUUCUGAAGGAGAAUCCUAGUAUGUGUGAGUACAUGGCACCAUCAUUGGAUGCAAGACAGGACAUGGUGGUUGUGGAAGUGCCAAAGCUAGGAAAAGAGGCUGCAAUGAAGGCUAUCAAGGAAUGGGGUCAACCUAAGUCUAAGAUUACUCAUCUCAUCUUUUGUACAACGAGCGGUGUGGACAUGCCUGGUGCGGACUAUCAGCUCACCAAGCUCUUGGGACUUCGUCCGUAUGUGAAGCGUUAUAUGAUGUACCAGCAAGGUUGUUUUGCUGGUGGGACGGUGCUUCGUUUGGCUAAAGAUUUGGCGGAGAACAACAACGGUGCCCGUGUGCUGGUGGUUUGUUCUGAGAUCACUGCUGUGACUUUUCGUGGGCCGAGUGACACCCAUCUUGAUAGUCUUGUGGGACAGGCGCUGUUUGGAGAUGGUGCUGCAGCAGUGAUUGUUGGUUCAGACCCGUUGCCUGAGGUUGAGAAGCCUUUGUUUGAGUUGGUAUGGACUGCGCAAACAAUUGUUCCAGAUAGUGAAGGAGCUAUCGAUGGUCACCUUCGAGAAGCAGGGCUGACGUUCCAUCUCCUCAAGGAUGUUCCUAGCCUCGUCUCAAAGAAUAUCGAGAAAGCUCUUGUUGAGGCGUUUCAACCUUUGAAUAUCUCUGAUUACAAUUCCAUCUUUUGGAUUGCACACCCAGGUGGACCAGCAAUUUUGGACCAAGUUGAAGCCAAAUUAGGCCUAAAGCCAGAGAAAAUGCAAGCCACUCGACAUGUACUUAGCGAGUAUGGUAACAUGUCAAGUGCAUGUGUGUUAUUCAUCUUAGAUGAAAUGAGGAGGAAGUCAAAACAAGACGGACUUGCCACGACAGGCGAGGGGCUUGAAUGGGGUGUUCUUUUCGGUUUUGGACCUGGGCUCACUGUUGAGACAGUUUUGCUCCAUAGCGUGGCCACCUAAAUCAUCACAUUUGACUAAGGCAACAAGUUCUAUUAGCUCCAUGCUCUUUCUUGAUCACUUUUCAUAUGAUUCCUAUCCCUUUAAUUAUCCAUGACUAUUACUAUGUUAUAUAAACCUUUAAUUUUCGGUUGUCCGAUAAGAUCUUUAGAAAUAAACAAUGUAUUGAUUUGGUUCAUAGCAAAUCCAUCAGACAUGUAGCAUGAUUCCCUUCUUUAACAUGAUUUCGCUUUGGAUCUUUAA